UCCCCUCUCCCAGCUCGGCUCAGGUCCUCUCUCUUUCCCUGCCGAGGAGCGUCACGCAGUUGUCCGGUGCGUCUCCCACUCUUGGAAAACGGGUCGGAGGAUUACCACCUAAAGGAAUAAAAACCAGCAGAAGGAGGAGGAGAACUACGUAAAGGCUAUACAACAGAUACAGUGAGAGUUCUCCCGGGAAGAGGUCUCUUCCCGAAACCUUAGCUAUGAGUCGGAGCAUCGUGCGGCAGAGCAAGUUUCGCCACGUUUUUGGCCAGACGGUCAAGGCUGAGCAGGGUUACGAUGACAUUCGUGUUUCCAAGGUUACGUGGGACAGCUCCUUCUGUGCCGUCAACCCAAAGUUCCUGGCAGUCAUCAUUGAAUCCAGCGGAGGAGGAGCAUUCCUGGUUCUGCCCAUCACUAAGACAGGUCGUGUGGAUAAGAGUUACCCACUCGUGACUGGACACUCUGGACCUGUCCUGGACAUCGACUGGUGCCAUCAUGACGACAACAUCCUGGCCAGCUGCUCGGAGGACUGCACUGCUAUGGUGUGGCAGAUCCCAGAUCACGCAUUGACCCGUCCCCUGACUGAUCCAGUCGUGGUCCUGGAGGGUCACUCCAAACGUGUUGGCAUUGUGAGCUGGCACCCCACCGCACGCAACAUCCUACUCACUGCGGGCAGUGAUAACCUGAUAAUAGUCUGGAAUGUGGGGACAGGUGAGCCCCUAAUUUCCAUGGACGACCACCCAGACCUCAUCUACAGCAUCAGCUGGAACCGAAACGGCAGCUUGUUCUGCACCACCUGCAAGGACCGACGCCUGCGUGUCUGCGACCCCCGCAAAAGGGAGGUGGUUGCGGAACGUCUUGCUCCACAUGAGGGGAUCCGGCCAAUGAGAGCCAUCUUCACCAGAGACGGAAAUAUUUUCACCACUGGAUUCACCAGAAUGAGCCAGAGGGAGCUUGGACUCUGGGACCCGACAAACUUCGAGGAGCCUAUCGCAGUGUUGGAGUUGGACACAAGUAAUGGAGUAUUGUUACCAUAUUAUGAUGCAGAUGCAAGCAUGGUUUACCUUUGUGGAAAGGGGGACAGCAGUAUCCGAUACUUUGAGAUCACAGAUGAGCCACCUUACGUCCACUACCUCAGCACCUUCAGCAGCAAAGAGCCUCAGAGAGGGAUGGGCUUCAUGCCCAAGAGAGGUGUGGACGUCAGCAAAUGUGAGAUUGCACGGUUAUUUAAGCUCCUUGACAAGAAGUGUGAACCCAUCACAAUGACAGUUCCCAGAAAAUCGGACCUCUUCCAGGAUGACCUGUACCCAGACACAGCAGGGCCUGAGCCCGCCAUGGAGCCUGAAGAUUGGCUGGACGGUCGGGAUGAAGAUCCAAUCCUAGUGUCCAUGAGGGAGGGCUACGUGCCGCCUAAGAGUCGAGAGCUCAAAGUGUCAAAAAAGAACAUGCUGGACUCCAGACCCACCACCCGACGCAGCAUGUCAACUUUGGAGACCAACAGUCUGCCUCCUCAGUUGCUUGAGAGGUUGUUGGAGGAGAUUCAGAAUCUGAAGGCCACAGUUUUGUCCCAGGAGAAGAGAAUCUGUGACUUGGAGGAUAAACUUUCCCAGUACACCAAUGGCACUGACUGAUGAACAUGAAACACGGCAGAUUUCAGAAUAACUAUUAUAAUUCAGACACACAGUUCCCUCCAAUUCACAGUGUUGCCCUUUAAAGGUACCAUGGUGCAAGAAUAUGAAUGUGGACAAUGUAAAUGCAAGUUGACAGUCCAACAGAUUCGAUCCAAUUAAUUUAUUAUAAGUGUAUCAUUACAUAAUCCACAUUCCAAUUUAAACAAAAUGUACCUUUAAUGCUUUGGCAAAAAAUAAGAAAGACAUUAUAUAGUCGCGCCUUUACAUAGGUUUGUAAAGAUUGAGAAGAGUGCAAAGUCUAAGUUAGAGGGACAUAUGUAUGUUGGUUUAAAGUCCUGAAGAAAGUCAAAAACCUUUUUUUAAUUACCCCAUCCUUUAAGUAUACAAACAUAUGGUCAUCCUAAACCUCAUAUUACUACACACAUGCUAUACUGGAAAUAUACACACCAGAAAAGCACACAUCUCAACACUUAAAUUUGCUUGGUCCUCAGGCAAAUCAUUGACCUGUUUAUUUGAAUAAAUCUUGCUGAAAGCUUUUCAAAAUGUAAAUAGUGAAAGAGGAAACAGGAGAGAAAUUGAAGAACUGUAGCAAAAUGUGAAAAGAAAAAAAAGUUUUGUGUUCUGUAAAGGGCUAUGCAUUAGACACAUAAUGACAACAAUAAAAACAGUUU